GUCCGCGCGUGCGCACCCCGCGCGCUUCGGUCGCGGAGCGGCCCUCGGCGGUCUCUUCUGCAAAUGGGCUCCGUGGCCUAGUGUCCCCGUCCCCGCCACCUGUGGUCGCGCGCCGAGACCCGCGAGGGGUCGCCGCCGAGGUUUCCACCAGCCCACAGGCGCCGGCAUGGCGGCCAUCCCCUCCAGCGGCUCGCUCGUGGCCACCCACGACUACUACCGGCGCCGCCUGGGCUCCACGUCCAGUAACAGCUCCUGCGGAAGCGCGGAGUGCGCUGGGGACGCCAUCCCUCACCCCCCCGGUGAGUGCAGGUCCGCUCCCCCGGGCGGCACCAUCUCCCGGGACCCCACCAGGAGUGGGCAGCAGGAGCACGGCUCCACUCUGUUCCUCUCAGGUCUCCCCAAGGCCGACCCGGGCCACUGGUGGGCAAGCUUCUUCUUCGGGAAGUCCACCGUCCCGUUCAUGGCUACAGUGUUGGAGUCCCCAGAACGCUCGGAACCUCCCCAGGCCUCCAGCGGCACCAUCACCAGCGACUCAGCUCUGGAAGCCGUGAGGAAGCAGCCUGGUGGCCGGCCUGGCAAAGCCAACGUGGGGCCGCCAUCCUGAGGGCCAAGGUCGCGCUCCGGCAGGUGCUGCGCUCAUCAGAGCCCCUCCCCCCCUCCCCCCCUUCCCAUAGGCCAGGCCGGCUGCUGUAGGCAGAAGCAGUCGGGUUGUUUUAUAUCAAAAUAGCAAAACACCAAAAAGGAAGUUGAGAGAGUCCCACUCUUCACUGUCCAAGCCACACGCAAACCUUCCACACGCCCUGGAACCCUGUGCCUCGCACCAAGUGGAAAAUAAACUUCCCAGCAGCCAGUA